CCUAUUAACUUCAAUUAUUACUACCUAUCCACCUAAUUCAACAACUUUAUUUAUUCUAAUCAAGAACAACCUUUUGUCUAAAAUGAACUUAAUAUAACGUUAUAAGUUCAAACCUAUGCUCUAAUAAAUUGAAAAAUUAAGUUCGGUACAUGCACAUUAACUGUGUAGUUAAACACUAUAUCCCCCUUCUCUUUAAAAUAAAUGUAUACAUAAUAUAAUAAAUCUAUACUUAAUAAUUAUAAUUAUUAUUGUUUAACUAUUUUUCCCUAGUUACCUGACUACUAUUUAUAAAUAACAGUAAAAUUGUCGGUUCACUGAAAUUUAACAUUCAAAAUAGUAUAAUUGUCGUGUAUAAAUUGAUAAUAUCGCUCCCGAGUUUUUGGGCCCAAAAUUAUUUCCACGAAGACAGUUUUGGAGUUUGCUGUAUAAAACACACCACUGCUGAAAACGCGCCCACUGCAUUCAAAUUUAUUACCAAUGUCAUCCACCAACUAACUUGCACAAAAAUUAGCUGAAAUAGUUGUUACCGAGACAGUGAAAGUAGAAAUUGAAAGAAUUUUUCAAUAAAAAUUUUAUUAUUAAUAUUAGCGGCGAGGUAUACUAUCUGAAUCCAAUUCUUCGAUAAGUGAUAGCAGCAAUUUUCAACUAGCACACCCCACUAGUUAGGUAAUCAUGCUAUAAAUCUGAAAAUAAAAACAACAAUUAAUGUAAAUCCCACAGUUAACUAUUAUAAAUUAAUAACUACGGUAAUUAAUACAUAAUUAAUAAUUACGGUUAUUAGCUUAUACCUUUUUGAUUAUAACAAUCAGUUAGUUGUUUUAAUGCAUAUUUGCAUUUAUUUAGAUCUUUGCUAUUAGCUUUUGCGCAUUCUAUAAAAUUUUUUAAUUCAUCUUCACAUGGUAGUUUGAUAUAUUUUGAUACCACCUUGUCCUAAUAAUAAAUAAAUUAUCAUUAUAAAUAAUAUAUCUUAAUAUAUAUAAAUCUCGUGUCACAAUGUUUGUCCUCAAUGGACUCCUAAACCACUUAACCGAUUUUGAUGAAAUUUUUUACAACGCGUGUAAUUUGGUCCAACUUAAAAGAUAGGAUAGUUUUUAUUUCAAAUUUUUUAAUACAUUAAAUAUUUUAAUUAACUUUUUAAUAAAUUUGUAUGAUUGUACACAAAAGGUACGUUACCAUAGCCACAGUAGGAGCACAGGAACAAUAACUUCAAUUUAUUUUAUUUUAUUUUAUUUAUUUAUUUUCAAUGUGCUAUGAUAACAUGUCACCGAAAAAAUCUAACCUCAACAACGCGAGCAGCAAAGGGUCACGACGCAAACGUGUUGAAAGAGCUCAGCAAUUACCAGAACAAAUCGAAACAAGAAAUGCAGCUCAAAGAAUGAGAAAAUCAAUAUGACCAUGGAGUAUAGCAACAAUUAUCAUGAACAGUGAACCAUUACUGACAGCAGAACAAAAAAUUAUUUAUGAUCGGAUUAUGCUGGCUGUUGCUGCUGAACAAGGCGGUUUUUUUUUCUUGGAUGCACCCGGUGGAACCGGUAAGACAUUUUUAAUAUCGUUGAUUCUUGCCAAAAUACGGUCGCAACAAAAAAUCGCAUUAGCAGUAGCAUCGUCAGGCAUUGCGGCUACUUUACUGGAUGGUGGGCGAACAGCAUAUUCAACAUUCAAGCUGCCAUUGGACGUUCAUAAUAAACCAGAUGCAAUGUGUAACAUCAAAAAGAAUAAUGGAAUAGCUGCAGUGUUGCGGAAGAGUUCUAUAAUAAUUUGGGAUGAGUGCACAAUGGCACACAAAUAUUCACUUGAAGCAUUAAACAGAACUAUGCAAGAUUUAAACAGCAAUAAUAAACUUUUCGGUGGUGCUAUCUUACUUUUUUCUGGUGACUUCCGGUAGACUUUACCGGUUAUACCUCGCUCUACUUUCGCGGAUGAGAUUAAUGCAUGUUUGAAACAAUCAUUCUUAUGGCGAAGUGUUGAAACACUUCGAUUGACCAUAAAUAUGCGAGUACAAUUGCAAAAUGAUCCAUCAGCACAAAUAUUUUCCGAACAACUAUUGGAUAUUGGGAACGGUAAAAUAGAACUGCAACCAAAUACGCAAUGCAUUAAACUACCAGACAAUUUUUGCACUGUUGUUCAGGAUAAAAAUGAAUUGAUUCAGAGUAUUUUCCCGGAUAUACAGAAUAAUUAUUUGAAUCAUGAAUGGCUUAGUCAACGGGCGAUUUUGGCAGCAAAAAACGUUGAUGUUGACGAAAUUAACCUCCAGAUACAACAGUUGUUACCAGGCGAUCUGAUGUCUUUUAAAUCAAUCGAUACUGUUGUUGAUAAAAAUGAAAGUGUAAAUUUUCCGAUUGAAUUUUUAAAUUCAUUAGAUAUCCCUGGAAUGCCACCACAUAAUCUUCGAUUAAAGAUUGGUUCCCCUAUUAUUCUCCUCCGUAAUUUGAAUCCACCUCAAUUAUGUAACGGUACGCGUUUGGUCAUCAAAAAGAUCACCGGAAACAUUCUUGAAGCAACCAUUUUGUCUUGGAAGUUUAAAGGAAAAGUGGUCCUGUUGCCACGUAUUACGAUGAUACCAUCAGAUUCUACCAUACCCUUCAAAAGGCUACAGUUUCCAAUUCGUUUAGCUUUCGCCAUGUCUAUAAAUAAAUCUCAAGGUCAACAAUGUCCAAUUGUGGUUUAGAUUUGGAAAAUCCAUGUUUUUCUCAUGGGCAACUAUAUGUUGCGUGUUCACGUGAAUCUAUUUGUGUUAGCUAAAGACAGGUUAACCAAAAACAUUGUGCACCGAUUGGUGUUAAAUUAAAUUGAAAUUGAAAGUAUUUAUAAUUCAAAAAAAUAGAUAUUAAUGUUUAAAAGUUUAAGACUGUCUGCCUUGCCUAUCUCAUUCAUGAGUUUAAGCGUCACAUGUUAUUUACUGUAUUAUACUGUAAUAUACUUAUAUUUGUUAUAAAAUUAAAUAUAUACCAACAUAUUUUAUGUAUACCAACAUCAACAUUUUCGUCUUUGUUAGUAAAUAAUUUAAUUGUACUAAAGGGUUAUAGUAGUAGAAAGUCAAAUAAGGAGAUCACCAUAUUUUUUUACAAAUACCAUCUGUGUGAAAAAACAUAGUGGACUCCGUGACUGAUGUUCUCUUAUUGUUCCUCUUAAUGUAAUAUAACAAAAACUUUAGCCACAGCAACGCGUGGCCGGGUCAGCUAUUAUUUAUAAAUUUUUAAAUUAUUAUACAUACGGCUACUACUUUCACUGGCUCGGUAACCAACUAUUUCAGCUACUUUUGCUGAAGCAGUGAGGCAGCAAAUUUAUUAAAAGUUAUUGAUUCACGGAACAACGAAUUAUGAACUUCGUGGUGCUGUCUGUUUUCAUCGUGGUAAGAGUGGUUUAAGGACUUCAAUUGGGCACUAUAUAUAGCAUAUUAUGUAAAAAGAAGCAAUGGUCGUCAAUGGGAACUUUUCGAUGAUAUGAAAAAAAAACCUGUUUCAGUUAAGGACACAACAACCAUAAUGUGUGAAUUUUGGUUUAUACAGUUUGACAAUUUAUUUGUUGUAUCUUUUAUUAUAUUUAUUAUUUUAACUUUUGUAAUUAUUAUUUUAAAUAUUUAACAAUAAAUAAGAGUAAGAUAAAUAUUUUAAAAAUGUAA